UACAACAGUGUGUUUCAUCCACAUGUCUAGAAAUGCAUUUUGUUUAUUUGAUAAAAACACUGUAAACCCUGAAGCUAAUAUGAAUGUUAGUCAGAUGAUUUCCUACUGCGGUUACCCACGUAUAACGUAUGAAGUUAUAACUGCAGACAGUUACAUCCCUCAGCUCUACCGGAUUCCUCAUGCGAAGAAUGAUGCUAAGCAUUUAGGUAGGAUUCCUGUUGUGUUUCUGCAGCAUGGUCUGCUGACAUCGGCCACAAACUGGAUUGCCAACCUGCCUGGCAACAGCCUAGGCAUCCUCCUGGCAGAUGCUAGUUAUGAUGUGUGGCUGGGGAGCAGCAGAGGAAAUACCCGGGCCAGGAGAAAUUUAUACUAUUCACCAGACUCAACUGAAUUCUGGGCUUUCAGCUUUGAUGAAAUGGCUAAAUAUGACCUUCCAUCCACAAUUCACUUCAUUUUAAAUAAAACUGGACAGGAGAAGCUACACUAUAUUGGCCACUCCCAGGGUACCACUAUUGAAUUUAUCACCUUUUCCACCAAUCCCACACUGGUUAAAAAAAUCAAAGCCUUUUAUUCAUUAGCUCCAGUUGCCACAUUGAAGUACGCCAAAGGCUUGUUCAAGAUAAUGGGACAUAUACCUUCGUUCCUUUUCAAGAUUAUAUUUGGUAACAAAAUAUUUCCCCCACAAAAUUUUUGCCAUCAAUUUCUUGAUACUGAAGUGUGCUCUCAAGAUGUGCUGAAUCUCCUUUGCAGCAAUGCCUUGUUUCUUGUGACUGGAUUUGACAAUAAGAACAUGAACAUGAGUCACUUAGAUGUGUAUUUAGCACAUAAUCCAGUGGGAACUUCAGUUUAAAACAUGCUCCACUGGAUCCAGGUUAUUAGGUCUGGGAAAUUCCAAGGUUUUUACUGGGGAAUCCAGUAUCAGAACAUAAUGCACCAGAAGCAGCCCACCCCUCCUUACUACAAUUUGACAGCCAUGAAUGUGCCAAUUGCAGUGUGGAGUGGUGGUAAUGACUGGUUGGCUGACCCCCAGGACAUUGAACCUUUGCUUCCAAAACUGCCUAAUCUCAUUUACCACAAGGAAAUUUCUGUUUACAAUCACUUGGACUUUUUGUGGGCAAUGAACGCCCCUCAAGAAAUUUACAAUGAAAUUGUUUCCAUGAUUGCAGAAGAUGAAAAGUAGUUCUGGAUUUAAAGAAUUAUCCAUUUAUUUUUCCAAAAAUAC